AUGGGUGGCGGUGGCGAUGCUGCGGGAGCAAAAUCGUCGAGGGAGCUCGACAGGACUCCCACAUGGGCUGUUGCAUUGGUUACUGUCGUCAUUAUAAUGAUCUCCAUCAUCAUCGAAAAAGUCCUCCAUAAAAUCACCAUGGCGUUUCACAAAAGGAAGAAGCUCGCCCUGGUCGAAGCCGUUGAGAAAAUCAAAGCAGAGCUUAUGAUUCUGGGAUUCAUUUCCCUACUUCUGACAUUUGGGCAGAGCCACAUUGCGAGCAUCUGUCUCCCUGUCGACAUCGCCAACAAUUUGUGGCCGUGUGAAGUUCACCACACUGCCGGGACAGGGGACCACAAGCCGGAGCCUAAGCCUGCUAAGGAGCAAGGCGCGCAGCACCGGAGACUUCUGAUGUACGAGCACAGAAUGUUGGCCGGAGGCUCCACCGCCAAGGGGUGCCCCCCUGGAAAAGUGUCGCUUAUAUCUCAGAAUGGGCUUCAUCAGCUCCAUGUCUUCAUAUUCUUUCUGGCUGUGUUUCAUGUCUUUUACAGUUCCAUGACGAUGAUGCUUGGGAGGUUGAAGAUUCGGGGAUGGAAGGAAUGGGAAGAGCAGAUUGAAAGAGAAACUGCUGCAUCGAAUGAUCCCACGCGAUUCAGGCUCACGCACGAGACAUCCUUCGUGAAAAGCCACACCAAUUCUUGGAUGCAGAAUCCCAUCUUCUUCUAUGUUGCCUGUUUUUUCCGGCAUAUGCUGUAUUCAGUGCAGAAAUCCGACUACUUGACACUGCGCCAUGGAUUUGUAUCGGUCCAUUUGUCAGCCGGAACCAAGUUCAACUUUCAAAAGUACAUCAAAAGAUCUUUGGAAGACGACUUCAAAGUGGUCGUAGGAAUACCUCCUUUCUUAUGGAUGAUCACUGUCAUUUACCAGCUUCUCAACCUCCAAGGAGGGCUCUUCAUGUUUUGGCUGUCAUUAAUGCCGAUGAUACUAAUCUUUUCAGUUGGGACGAAGCUGCAGUCGAUUAUUACUCAAAUGGCCAUCGAGAUCCAAGAGAAGCACGCCGUGAUUCAAGGCAUUCCAUUAGUGCAAGUCUCCGACCGCCAUUUUUGGUUCAGCAAGCCUAAGUUAGUGCUUCAACUCAUCCAUCUAGCCCUCUUUCAGAACUCUUUCGAAAUCACACACUUCAUGUGGAUAUGGUACGAAUUCGGGCUGCAUUCUUGCUUCCACAAGAACUUCAAUCUUGCCGUUGUUAGAGUCAUCAUCGGGAUAAUGCUGCAGUUCGUGUGCAGCUACAUAACGCUUCCUCUGUACGCACUCGUAACACAGAUGGGAUCGUUUAUGAAGAAGUCAAUCUUCGACGAGCAAACAUCGAAGGCGUUGAUGAGCUGGCACCACAAGAUAAAGCACAAAGGCGGGACAGGGAGCGGCGGGGGGAGCACCGGCGGCAGCACCCAGCCGCGGAUGAGGAAGCUGGGAGGCAGCACCGACGACGACUCGCCGGGGCAUUCUCCCAACGGAAGCGGGAGAGGCGGCAGCGGCGGCGGUGGCGGUCUUGAAAUGGGCGAGAAAACCUCUGGAGAGACGGCCAAUAUCACAGCCCAUGUAGACAUAUCCGACGUCGAAGAACGAGGCAUCAAAGACUUGCUCACAGGGCCCUGACCUCACCUUAUCAUCACCAUCUCUCUUCACUGUAUCAUAUAUACAUAUACAUAUACAUACAUAUAUAUAGAUAUAUAUAGAGGUGAUGUA